GAAGCGGCCCAAUGGAUAGAUAGGCGCAGGAGACCAGAGCCACCUUCAGUUCACAAACCGCUCGGCGAUAAAGACGACGAACACGUCGUGGAAGGAGAAGCAAGACCAAGAGCGGAAAUGGAGUCGAACGAGUCCUAUGCGGCGGAUUCUCCCGAGGAGCUGACGAAGAGAUCUCACGAGGAGCAGAAUCAGUCGGAAGCAGAAUCUGCUGAGAAGCCUACGCACGUUCGUUUUCUUGUAUCCAAUGCGGCAGCUGGUUCUGUUAUUGGGAAAGGUGGCUCGACAAUCACUGAUUUUCAGUCAAAGUCGGGGGCUCGAAUCCAGCUCUCACGCAAUCAAGAAUUUUUCCCAGGAACUACUGAUAGAAUCAUUAUGAUAUCUGGAGCAAUUACAGAAGUUGUCAAUGCACUGGAACUUAUUCUUGAUAAAUUGAAUAGUGAGCUUUAUGCUGAAGAUGGUAGUGAUGCUGAGCCUAGGAGAAGAAUAAGACUUGUGGUUCCAAACAGUUCAUGUGGAAGUAUAAUUGGAAAAGGAGGGGCCACCAUUAAGUCCUUUAUCGAAGACUCCAAAGCUGGUAUAAAGAUAUCGCCUCUGGAUAAUACCUAUUAUGGGUUGAGUGACAGGCUUGUGACACUAACUGGAACCCUAGAGGAGCAGAUGCGGGCAAUCGAUUUGAUUUUGGCUAAGCUUACUGAAGAUGCACAUUACUCUCAGAAUGUGCAUUCCCCAUUUUCAUAUGCAGGUCUUUUCUGCUCUGGUUUUCAUGGUCAUCCAUAUGCGUAUGUGCUUCCUUCUGUUGCAACAGCGGGAUACAACUCGAUUAAUUAUGCGCCCAACGGUACUGGAGGCAAAUUUCAAAAUCACAAGGAAGAUGCCAACAACUCGGUGACCAUAGGUGUUUCGGAUGAGCAUAUAGGAUUGGUCCUUGGUCGUGGAGGAAGGAGUGUCAUGGAAAUCACUCAGAUGACUGGUGCCAGAGUAAAAAUAUCAGAUCGAGGUGAUUUCAUUUCCGGAACAAACGAAAGGAAAGUCACGAUCACAGGCUCACAAAGAGCGAUUCAUCAAGCCGAGUCCAUGAUCAAACAGAAAGUCGCCUCAGCUUCAGAGAGGGCCUCCGAUUAACGUUCCUCUUGUCUCGGUUUCCAUGUUCAUCCGAGCAUUGCGCCAUGCCAAAAAAGAAAAAUCUGUCUUCUCGUUCUUUCACACGGGAAUUCGUUUGAACAGGCUUCUCUUCCAUAUCCAAAGAUCUAUUAUUUUGAAGCAGAGCUCAAUCCUUCUAGGAACCGUUUUCUUUGAUCAUUGUUCUCAUGUUCUUGUUCUUUUUCUUUCACUUUGACGAUACAAUCAAUCGUUUGGAGUUGGUUAUUUAUUGCAAUCGGUUCAAGUUUUGGUACUUGUCUUAGUCUUGUAACAUUUAAAAGUAGGCGAGCAUCCCAUUACGUUA